AAACUAUGUAUAAAUAAUGUAAUUUUCCGCUGAUCUUGGCCCUACCUAUUGGGCCGUAACCUGAUUGGGUCAAAAUGUCAUCCAAACUUGUACAUACAAAAUGAAUCUUAUAAAUUUGAAAAAAUUUAAGUAAAUAAUUUAAGAAGAAUACAUCAAAGACAUCAACUUUCGUAUUUUGACACAAUCCAUGUUGAUCCAAUCAAACUUUGGGCAGACAAUCUCUAACUCAUUUCUGUACAAAUAAUGUAGGCAAGUCAUUUAGCAUUACAAUAAGCCAGAACUUUAGUGCAGAACACUGAAUAUAAGUAUAUGCUUAGAGCUGAAACGUCCAAUUGAUUUCCUGUUUCUCUUCUUCAUUCUGAAACUUCAAAUGCGCUUGCUUUCGUGGCGUAAAGCCAAACACUUGACUGUUAUUAAGCCCAAAUAUCCAAUCUUUACUUAUUCUUCAACAACCAAUUUUCCCGCCGUGUCCCAACACAAAAUUCACAUAACUCGAAAAGAAUUGUCUAAAUUGCUACACCAACGUCCACCUAAAUCUCAACUGAAACAAAUACAUGCCCAAAUACUCACCCAACAACUCUCAUCAACUGCUUCUUUAGUUAAUUCUCUCAUUCAUUGUUACCUACAUAUCAAGGAAGUUACCUCAGCAAGAUUUUUGUUCUUUCACUAUCCUUUACCUUCACCACCUAUUCUAAUAUGGAAUUUGAUGAUCAGAGCUUACUGCAAACUCCAAAAUUCUUCAGAAAGUUUCAGUCUUUUUCGACAACUCCUGAAUUUAGACCACUCCAUUCGGGUUUUUCCCGACGAGUAUACGUUCACUUUUAUUGUUACUUCAUGUGCCCACCAAAAAUCAAUUGUACAAGGGAAAAUUGUUCAUGGGCUGGUGGUGAGAAAUGGGCUUGAAUCAAACUUAUAUGUGGGCAAUUCAUUGAUUAACAUGUAUGCUGCUUUCAAGAUUACAGAUGAUGCUUACAAAGUUUUUGAUAGAAUGACUGAAAGAGAUGUGUUCUCUUGGACUAGUUUGAUAUGUGGGUAUGCAAAUAAUGGUGAGAUGUAUGAAGCUUGUGAAAUCUUUUAUAGAAUGCCAAUGAGAAAUGAUGUUUCUUGGGCUGUUAUUAUAUCGGGUUUUGCUGGAAACGGCAGGUAUAUGGAGGUACUUAUGUAUUUGAAUGAAAUGUUUUGUUCCCUUGAGGAUAAGGUAAGGCCUAAUGAAGCUGUUCUUGUUUGUGCUUUGUCUGCUUGUGCUAAUCUUGGGGCCUUAGAACAGGGAAAUUGGAUUCAUGCUUUUAUUAAGAGGAAUGAAAUUCAUGAAAGUUCAAAUAUAUCUACUGCUCUUAUUGACAUGUAUGCGAAAUGUGGUAGAAUAGACAUUGCAAGAUUGAUUUUUGAUAGAAUUCCAAGACCUGAUGUACACAACUUCACAAGUAUGAUAUCAGGUCUAUCAUAUCAUGGGCUAGGUGAGCAUGCGCUAACUGUGUUUAACAGAAUGGUAGAUGAAAAAGUUAAUCCAAAUGAAGUGACUAUUAUAGGGGUGCUUAAUGCCUGUAGCCAUUCAGGUCUGGUAGAAGAGGGUUCUUCAAUCUUCUAUAACAUGGAGAGUUUAUGGGGACUUAAACCUCAGAUUGAGCACUAUGGCUGUUAUGUUGAUUUACUUGGCCGUGCUGGGUACUUGGAAAAGGCACUAGAAGUUGUAAAGAGCAUGCACAUAAAACCUGAUAUAGUCAUAUGGAGGGCUUUGCUCAGUGCCUGCAGAAUCCAUCGUAAUAUUUUCCUUGGUAACAGCAUUAUAGAUUUUAUAAAGCAGCUUAACUCUGAUGGACCCAGUGGCAGUGAGGUACUGCUCUCUAAUCUGUAUGCAUCUCUAGGCAACUGGGAGAAAGUUUCCGAAGUGAGGAAAGCGAUGGGUCAAAGGAAGACCCAAUCUGACAUUGGAUGUAGUUGGAUCGAGGUGAAUGGUGUUGUUCACGAGUUUCGUGUUGCUGAUAAGCUACACCCACAGAUUUUAGAAGUUUUGAACAAAUUAAACGAACUCUGGAUAGUGCUUUCUUAGAAGGAAUUGUUGCUGACGCCACACAUACGAUAUACGUUCAUUGAACGAGAGAACGACGAAGCAGCUGCUUGGCUUGGUCAAAAGAUAGCCGUUGUUUUUGGUUCCGUGAAUCUGUUUUCUGAGACUUGGAUUACUAUAUUAUGAAGUUAAGAGCUCGUCACCACUGCCAAUCAUAAUUGAAGGCUAUUUCUGAAGUUUAUGACGAAGAGAUCCAUUUUAUAGAGGCUGCUUCUGAUUUUUAUACUUUCAGAAGAAGAAUUUUUCUAUGAUGACUACUCAUAGUAGUUAGUUCCAGGAAAGAGCACUGAUAUCUGUAAGGAGUGUUGAACAAACUGAUCGUAGCAGAGCAUAAUCUGUAAGGCCUUUCUGAUUUAUUGAUUUUCUCUUUACAGGAUGGAAUUGAAGUCUGAAGUUUCCUCUGUGUAUUUCAUGUGUCAGGUUCCUAUCGUUUUUAUCUUUUAAUGAUUUGGUAUCUACUAUACCACCCAACGGAAGGGUUUGCUUUUGAGUUUUGAUACCAGGUCUCAUGCAUAAGGUGCAUCAGAAAGUUAACCUCUUUGGACAUGAUGUAUUUUUAAAUUGUAUGAGUGCCCUGAUAGAUCAGAUUGAAAAGGAAUGGAAGGAUGUUCUGGUAUUCGAAUUAUCCAUGGAACUACACAACGAUGGAAGUAGACUGUCUGGAGCUCCUUCAAAUCAAUUAUAUUGGGAAGCCUAGCGAGUGACAGUAGUUCACAGUCCGACUGCUUUUUGAGUGCCCUGAACGAGCCAAUUUUGAAAAGCUAAGUUUUGUUUUCUCCAACUAGUACGGUUUGGCGAGCUAGCGUGGUAGCUGGGAAAUGCAAAAGAAAAGAAGGGUCUAAAUUGGUUUGUGCCUUUGUGGGGAAACUAGAAGAAGGGCAUGAUGCACAUGCAGGCUUGUUCCAGUGCAACAAAAGAUGACUGAAAUGAUUACUUCAAGUCAAAAAAGAACAAAACAUUAUUACUAGAAAAUAUUCUUAAAUUUUGCUCAUCAGUUGUUGUCCCAUUCAUUAUACCUGUCACACAGAAUGCUAGCUGCUUUAUUAUAUAUUACCCCGCAAGUCAUGUAAUGAUUAAGCAAAUUACUUUCCCAGCUUGAAUCAGCAUGUGAGAAUUGUUAGAGUGGGGUUUGUAGCUCCUUCAAUUUAAACAAGGAUAAUGUUGGA